GAAAGAGUUUUUAGGUUAUGUUAUAAUAUUUAUCAAAAACUAUAGUUCUAUAGUUUUUUUGUUUGUUUUAAAGCGUUAAUCUCUCAAAUUACUUUGUUGAAUUGAACAAAUUUAAUCUUUUUGUGUUGGAUAGUCCAUUUUUCGAGGAAGACUAUAUAAAACAUCACGCUACGAUCUGUAGGAGCAGCAGGUAGUAGUGUUGUGUCUUGUGUACCUACUCUAAUCUUUGGGAGAAGUUAGUAAAACAUAUUUAUAAUAUUCGUAUCGUUUACAAACAAAGAGUACGUGUGAUUGUGACAAUGACAGAAAAUGAAAUUAUCCGAUGUGGAUGGUUAACAAAAGACCCAAUAUACAUAAAAUAUCACGAUGAAGAAUGGGGCAAACCACAAUUUAAAAACGACGCCUUGUUUGAAAUGUUGUGUUUAGAGGGCCAACAAGCGGGGUUAUCUUGGUUAACAAUAUUGAAGAAGAGAGAAAAUUAUCGAAAGAUAUUUUUUAAUUUUGAUCCUCGCAAAAUUUCAGAAUUAACGGAAAAGGACGUGAAAUUAAUUAUAAAUGAAUCUGGAGUUAUUAGGCAUAAAGGAAAAAUAGAUUCAAUAAUAAACAAUUCUAAAUGUUACUUAAAAAUGGAAAAUGAAGGUGAAGAUUUUUCCAAUUUUAUUUGGAGUUUUGUAAAUAAAAAACCUAUUAUUAACAGUUGGGAAGACCAAACGCAUGUCCCUGCUCAAACACCAGAAUCUGUCGCUUUAUCCAAAGCUUUGAAAAAAAGAGGUUUUAAGUUUGUGGGCUCUAAAAUUUGUUACGCAUUUAUGCAAGCAUGCGGUCUUGUUAAUGAUCACGUUUUAAACUGUGUUUGUUACGAUAAAUACAAAUAAUGAGCUCGUCUCGCAUACAUAGAACCACAGACUUAUAAAGGGUAGGUUUAUACGUGUACGCUAAUAACUUAAGAGCUCUAGCCCUUUCUUGGCAAAUAAAAAUAAUAAAUUUAGAGUAUGCAAAUUUAUUUUAAAAUAAAUCCAGAUAAUAAAUAAUAUUAAUAUCUUUUAAUAGAAA